UUGCCUUGCAGAGGCAGAAAGGCCUCGCUUCCAUUCACAGAAACAUUGGUAUGCCAGCCUGCUAUUUCAUUCACAUAAAAGACUAAAUAUUGCAUGAUUUUAUUUUUUUUGCUGUCUGCCCUUUUUUCUCCUUUGUCUUUUCGCCGCCUCUUUUGAUUUGCGAGGGCUCGUUCUUCUUCUUCCUUGCUUCUGUGUUUGCCUUUGUUUCUGAGGAGAGAAGGCAGACGUGCGGUCUUUUUUUUCUUUCUUUUUUUCUAUAUUUGUCAGGCAGGAAAGAGAGAUGUUGGGAGGGACUGCAGUGCGAAAUCUGCAGCAGAGUGAGAGCGGAAGCUGCUUAUGAAUGAGUGUCAGUCUUUCAGCUUUGCUAUAUGCUCCUGAGGACAUUUUACAUGAAUGGUGUCUUGCCGCCUGCUUUCCGCUACCGGGGAGACAAAGAUGCUCCGUUGCUGCUGAUGCUGAUGCUGAUGCUGAUGCUGAUGCUGAUGCUGAUGCUGAUGCUGAUGCUGAUGUUGAUGCUGCUGAUGCUGCUGAUGCUGCUGCUGUUGUUGCUGCUGGGCUUUUUCUCUGUUAUCCUUUCGGUUGUUUCGUUGACUCAUCUGCCUGCGUCGUUCAUACUGUGUCAUUUUAGUUUGUUCCAUUCACGUUGUUCAGCCAGGAGCGACAACUGGAUAUUUUAGACAAGCUGUGAAUCUGUACCUGCUUCCCUUUUAGCGGAACUGAAUUUUCUUUCCUUUUUCUUGCUGAUGGAGAAUUAUUGCUACACAUUAGAUAGAUGCAGUUCAAUCAGUCUUGACAUGCCUUUAUUUUUUAAAUUUAGCAUUAAUUGCUGAUUCAAAAUAUUUUGCACAGAAACAAUUAUUCUAAGUGUUUUAUCUAGCCAUUGGUUUUCUGAAAGUACAAACCUGAGAACCAGGAGUGAUGUCUACCUAUGUUCUGCAGCUAUUGUAAAUUAACAUAGACAGUAUAUUCAUUAUGUUACGAAUUUCCUGUAAUGCUAGAAUAUCACUUGUGUCGCUUCUUUCAACGAUUUAUAGAGGGGGUUUUUAAAACACCCUCACAUCUUUAUGACCAACUGAAAUAGAUUUUAUUCUUGAAUCAAAGAAGUCUUCUAUUUUUGUUGAAGUGGAGUUUUUUCUGGCACUGGGAUUUCAGCAGUCAGUUAAACGGAUGAUGAAUGUCAUCACUUAAUAUAUCAUACAUUCUGUGAUUAGUUCAUUGUUCCUCAUCCACCUAUCACAGCUUUCAUCAGUUCAUUUAUCCAUUUUAUGGAUAGAAAUUGUUAGAAAGACAUGAAUUUGUGCCAGUUAUUAUGAAUAUAUAUUUUUUAACAAUGUUAAAUAAGCAAGCUACCUCUCAUCUAAUCGUUUCCCGUUCUCGGAAAAACAAAUGAGGGGGAAAGAAUUACAGCAGAUUAAUAUCAGACUGGGGAAUUUAAAAAUUGAUUGGUUCUAGUGUGCUGUAAGUGGGAGUUUUUUUUUUCUCCUCCCUCCAACAGGAAGUGAUUUGCAGUGUUCAGCAAGCCUUUUGUUGAGAAGGUUUUCUCAGAUCAGUGAGUCAUGCUUUUGCUCUGAGCCGGCAGGCAGGCAGGCAGGCAGCAGGCAGUAGAGAGUAUUUUCUCUUCCCUCGCAGUAUCCGUGAUCAGCGGCAACAUAGAUCUUUCUCUGUUCUCUCACUUUUUGGCUAGAAAUCAGCAGCAGCAGUAGCAGCAUCACCACUGGAAACUAAACAAGCUGCAUCAGAACUCUGGCAGCCUUUUAGAGCCCCCCCCCCCCCCCCCCUUCAUCCUUUUCCUCCUCUGCUUCAGUGUUGUGUUUUCAUGGAUUGUGUCUGUAGAUUUCUCUCUUGCGGAUUGGAUCGCAGCUCUGGAUUUUACUGAGAGCAGAUUGGACUUUGGUGGCAGCAGCAGCAGCAGCAGCAGCAGCAGCAGCAGACCAACACAACCGCCACUGUAACCUCAGAAGAGAAAAUUACAGUCAGGUGGCCUGCGAUUUGCUAAAAGGCGUUUGCUGCCUGUGCUGCUGCUGCUAUGUUACAGGAGAGGGUAAUCAGUGCGGCUCAGCCACGUCUGCCAGCACACUUGUGAAAGAGGCAGGCUGUGCGUGUCGGUUGGUGGAGAGUGGGGAGAGAGCAAGAGAGAGAAGGGCAUGCUUCACCGUACCAAAUACAACCGCUUCAGGAAUGAGUCAGUGACAUCCGUCGAUGAGCUUCUCCACGGCCUGUCCAUGAAUCCCAAGGUCUCGGCUACCCCCCAGUCUGCAGCCGAGACAUCGUACACUCCUCCGACUGACGUCCAGCCCUCCUCCACCACCGCCACUGCUUCCAGCACCCCCACCGGCCACGGGUCUGACCACCUGGAAGAUGGAGGCACCACCCUCUGCACCCUCAUCAACAAGGUGUCCAGCCUGAAAUUCAGCAACUCGGGCAGCCUGCUGGGCAUCAAGGGUCUGCCCUCGGCCGUCAAGGACCUGGCUGUGUCGAAGCUGCAGGGGGGUGGGGGGUCGGGCCCGGCCGGCUCCAGUGGCCCGAGCCCCUGUGCGGCAGCAACAGCGGCGGCGGCAGCCUCUGGUGUGGGCUUCUCUCAGUGCAGCUCGGCCUCCCACUCAACCCCCUGCUCGCAGCUGGAGACAGCCGCCAGCAUGAGCAAGAAGAGCAGGCUGGAUGAGCUCCCGCCCGGUGGAGAGGAAUGGAAUCCGGGUGGAGGUGGUGGACUGGUGAGCAAACCCUCCAGAGGAUGGCUACACUCGAGCGAGAAGAUCUCUGGUCCAGGAGUGACAUACAUAGUGAAGUACCUGGGCUGUAUAGAAGUUCUUCGAUCAAUGAGAUCCCUGGACUUCACCACAAGGUCACAAAUAACAAGGGAAGCCAUCAGCCUGGUGUGUGAAGCUGUUCCUGGGACCAAAGGAGCUCUGCGGAAGAGAAAGCCGCCGUCCAAAGCUCUGUCCAGUAUCCUGGGCAAGAGCAACCUGCAGUUCGCUGGCAUGUCCAUCAACCUAAACAUUUCCACCAGUAGCCUCAACCUGAUGACCCCUGACUGCAAACAGAUCAUAGCCAACCAUCACAUGCAGUCCAUCUCCUUUGCAUCGGGUGGAGACCCUGACACGACAGAUUAUGUUGCCUAUGUAGCCAAGGACCCUGUUAACAGAAGAGCGUGUCACAUACUGGAGUGCUCUGACGGUCUGGCCCAGGACGUCAUCGGCACCAUCGGCCAAGCCUUUGACCUUCGCUUUCAGCAGUACCUGCAGUGUCCCUCCAGCAAGCUGUCCUCCACACCACAUGACAGGGUAUUAAACGUGGAGGAGUUACCAUGGACAGAAGAAGAGGAGGAGUCAGCAGAACAUCCUUAUUAUAACAACAUCCCCGGCAAGAUGCCACCGCCUGGAGGCUUCAUCGACACCCGGCUGACCAAUCAGAAUGCAGCACAGGAUGGUUGCCAGAUUGGCCCAGGUUCAGUAGAUCAGACAUAUUAUCAGGGGAGGCACUGUAGAGAAAACUGGGGCGAUGAAAGAAAGCCCAUAUUCAUACAACAGGGAUCGUUUGAUAUAAGCAGUCUGUCCGACAGUAAAGGUCAGGCACCGAAAACAGCAGAGAUGCCCAUGUAUGUGAACACCCAGCAGAUCGAUGCCCAGGUACUCGCAGCACUCCAGGCAGAGGCGGAGCAUGUGACAAAGGGGAUGGCAGCUGCAGCCAAAGAGAGCCCACAGAAGGACCUGUUUGACAUGAAGCCCUUUGAGGAUGCAAUUCAGUCGCAGUCCCAUCCGCCGUGCCAUGGCCAAGCCCAGUCCCAGAUGUCUGGUCUUCACAAGGCUGCGUCCGUGGACAGCUCGAGCCCUCUGCUUGUGCGUUCUCUGGCCUUCCGGGCGCAGGAGGAGCUGGAGGGCCAGACGUGGUACCACGGCAAAAUGAGCCGCCGUGACGCCGAAAAACUGCUGAAGGAAGACGGGGACUUCCUUGUUCGCAAGAGCACUACCAACCCCGGGUCCUAUGUACUGACGGGCAUGCACAAUGGACUUGCCAAACACCUACUACUGGUGGACCCUGAGGGCACGGUACGGACAAAAGAUCAUGUAUUUGACAGCAUUAGCCACCUUAUUGGCCAUCACCGUGACAACAAUCUGCCUAUUGUGUCAGCUGGGAGUGAACUGUGUCUCCUGCAGCCCGUUGGAAGGAAACAGUGAUGCUCGUAAUGCCUAAUGGUAAAACAGGAAGCUCUGAACAGUCUCUCUCCUACAUCCUGAAACUUGAAGAUGAAACAUGAACAGAAGAUGCUUAAAGGCUCUAUACGCGGUGACAGUGUUUUGGGGAAAAAAUUGGCCCACAGUUACUCUACUGGAGGCUCUGGAAGACGCAACAUUUGUUUAAGAUUAAAAAAAAAAUAUUUAUAGAACUGUUAUAAUUUUGUUGUGAUGACUGAAAUGCUAUAUUUUUUGAGAAGACAUAGGUGCAUUUGGACAUACUAUCUUGAUUUGGUGUUUUAAAAGAUAAAAAAAGACAGUUGUUCUUGUAGUUUAAAAGAAGUUCAAAUCAAACCUCAAAGAGGUGUUGACAAGAGUAUUUUAGAAUAAAAACCUGAAAUUUUAGUUUUGUCUGUCAAGCACAACCAUAUUUCUACAGGAACUGUUGACUGAGAUGUCAGAAACAAAAGCAGUUUGGACAACAAAUGCAGUUUAUAAUGAAUAACUCUAGAGAAAAAAAUAGUCCUUUAAUCUCACCAAUAGUGUGACAACUCACUCAAUUAGUCACUAUAUGAAAUCUGCUUUUAUUGGGGAUUAGAACUGAAUGUGUUUUGCUUUGCAGUAGUCACAAAGUGUUGGGGUGCAAACAUCCUUCAUAUAGUGCUGUCAAUGGCUUUAAAGAUAACCUUUUUUUUUAUAAAGUAUUUUCUUGUGUCACAGUCGCAUGACUUAAAAUCAACUGUUCUUGUGGACAUUGUUCGUAGACCUCGAGACCCCUUUACUUGAAAGAGGUGCUUGUGUAUGCUGACACUGUAAAAUAUUAAUGCUUUACGACUAGGGAUUAUUUCUGGAUUGUUUUUUUUCUCUGGAUUCUUCUUUUAGGUGUGUAGUCAAUGAUUUGUUUUGGGGGCUUGAGUCAUGCAAUUGAUAUUCACACAUUCUUAAUUGACAUUCCCUGCUUUUUGUGAACUUUUAAAGGUACUAUAUGUAACCCCUCAGAAAAUUCAUUGUUAUUAAUGAUCCCGGAGGCCAUCAGGUGAACUGCACCCUGUUGCUUGCACUCCAUGGCUAGGGGCGAGUGAGUAGACAUGAGGCUGAACGUGAUUGAUUGGCAUCAUGUCUAAAUGAGGUGAUAAGUGACACUGCUAUAGUUUGACUUUAAUCUCUAUUUAAGUCUGUAGUCGACUGUCAUCGUAAACUUGCUCACCAGCAUAAAACAGGCCAGGGACAUUCAACAAGACCAUUCUUGGAUUUGAAAGUCGUUAGUUGGCGUCAUGGGACUCCAUUUCUGAGCUAACGUUAACUAGUGUUGCACGCUGCUGGCACUGUAGGGGAGUGGAGGAGAGGCAUUAAGGUAAGGUGCUCAAGAGCAGACAUUAUCACAGACUUUGGACUUUCGCCGAAAGUGUGAGUUUUGCAUUAAAAAUGAAUCCACUGGAUGUUAUAGGCAUCCAAAAAAAAUAUUAAUACAUGUUACCUGCUCCACAUUCUUACAAAUAGUACCUUUCAAAAUAUUAUUUGUAUUAUUAUUCGAAUGAUCACAAAUGAAUAGCACAAUAACAAAGUUUGAUCAGUUAGAUUGUCUGUCAGUAGUAAAUGAAUUACUAAUGUGAUGACAUGUAAUUUCACACUUUAUAUACUCACGAGGCUUAAUUAGACAAAGUUGUGCGCUCGACGCAGAAUGCUCAAUAUGGCGGAUAUGAAACAAAAAUAUUCUUUCAGUGUGAUGAUGUGUUAUGGCAAGAUCACGUUAUUGCCACUAGAUGUCACCACAGGAAUGCUUGUCUACCCCAGUCACUCACUUUCAGUUCCCUUCGUGUAUCACUUAUUAGGAUGCUCUCUGGAUAUGUAUUGCUUGGGAAAAUGCCAGUUUUCAACCUUCGUUGAAUGACAGGUCAUAGUUAAUUUGCAUUUUGCAAUCCAAGGUACACAAUCGUUCCUCAGAACAGUUUAUAGUAUUUACGUUUACAGACUGUUUUUGUAGAGUGGGAUUCUAAAUUUUGGAAAAGGCUUAUAGAUACAGUACACAAGCAGCUCUGGCAACAGACUUUUUAAAUGCUAUCAUCCUCACAUACUUUUGUCAGAACUCUGAUGGAUACCAAAUGAAUGGGGCAUUGUAUUUGAUAUGCACUGGACCACUUGAAUUGAACCAGAAUCAGCAUGUGUUCAAUGAGUUUGACAAGACAGAUGCAAUGUAAUAUAACGUGCCUGUAUUUUGCUGCAAGAGGGAGUGUUAAGUACAUGCAUCUCACAACAACACGCAUUAAGCAAAUAGCAGUAUUGGGAACAUUAUUCUUUUCUUUUUUUAAAUUACCACUUUUGGUUAAAGCCAAUUGAUCAACUCCUCAUGAUUCCUUUGAGAGAAAGCCUCACAUAUUGGUAUUUUUGAGGGAAAGGUAAGAAGAAAGGAUACAAAGGAUCAUUGAGGGGUUUCUUUCUCUUUUCCUGAUGGUUAUCUGCCAUCAGCUUUGAAUUUGUUUGAUUUUUGUGACAUCAUUUCAUCAAAUCUAAUAUCUUGGGAGAUGGAAUAAUGCACCAAAUUUAAAAGAAAAAGCACCCUGCUAAUAUAAUCCAUUAUUUUGAGAUCAAUUGUUUCUAAAAAGCAAAUUUGCAGAAUCACCUCAGCAAAAAUGAUGUGCAAUGUUUUGAACACAGUACAUAUAUAUAUAUGCACACACACACACAGAGCAGGAACAACUCCAUAUUUAAAUCUCCCUGAUAACACGGUGAUUAGCUGUGCGGCAUAAAGAAAUUGUACAACCAAACACGCUGGGACACAAAUAAGAACAUGGCUUCUUUCCAGAUUUCUGUUGAUGAAAAUGUGCCUUUUAUUUGUACAAAUGGUGUUUUUAUUUCUGUUUCUCUCUCUCUCUCUUCAAAGUGCAAUAGCUGAUCUAUGGGGCAUGCCUGUUCACUGGAGGUUGUGUUUGUGCCCUGCUGAGUGUUGCUGCUUGAGACUACUGUUUCUUCUCUCGUCUCUUUAUCUCCCUCCCUCUCUAUUAUAUAUUAUAAAUGUAUCAUUUCCAGAUUCUGAGUAUAAAUCUUUGUCAGAGGAAAUCACACAGAAAUUCACUAUUUUGGAACAGGUAGAAAAAAAAAACUGAAAUAAAAACAGAGAAACGAGUCCAAAUGAUGUUUACAGAUUUAAUCUUUUGGUUGUGUGGAUUCAUCAUUAUUCUGUAUGACUGUUGGCAAUAAAACCGUGAAUGUGUAGAA